CGGGAAAAUCGACACACGUGUGCAACUUCAACUUGUACUGUGUGUUGUGUUAAGUCUUAAAACCUGAAGACAAGUAUAGUUGGUAAAUUGGACCACUAUGGCUACAAGUGAAUAUGAAGAAUUACGACAUCGUAACUUGGAAGACAACAGAGUUAUGUUGGAAAAGUUGAUGGCUGACUUAAAAAAUCAGAUGCAAGUACCAGGAAGGAUCAAGCCAGUUAAGAAACCCAGAGACAUAAAAUCAAGGUCAAUAGAUAGCACUGACUAUGAACCACGUAGAAAUCCUUCACGAAAUGGAAGAUACAGCCAAAUUACGUACAGUCCACCAAGGACUAGAGGAAGACGUGGUUCUCUGUCGUCCACUGCUUCAUCGUUUUCUUCAGACUCUUCAUCAGAAUCAGCCAGUUCACUGCAAGUUAGGUUUGGUUUUUUCAACAAAGGAAGAAAUCAAGAGACCGGAGGAAACGAUGAAAACAGCGAUGAGGAAAAUGAUUUGCCAAAGAGACAACAUCGUGUUUAUCGUGACAAUCGGUCAGCUGAUGAAAUCACUGAUGAGGAUUUAUCUAGAGUAGCAUUGUUUGUCAGUGAUAAAAGAUAUGAUAGUUUUUAUGGUACAACCUGCCAUCAAUGUAGACAGAAAACUGAUGAUAUGAAAACAAUUUGUAGGAAAGGUCAUUGCUAUGGAGUUAGAGGUCAGUUUUGUGGACCGUGCCUAAGAAACAGAUAUGGAGAAGAUGCACAGGGAGCUCUCAAAGAUCCUGACUGGAUAUGUCCACCUUGUAGAGGUAUCUGUAAUUGUAGUUUCUGUAGGAAGAGAGCUGGUAAAGCAUGUACUGGAAUCCUUGUACAUUUAGCCAGAGAGAAUGGUUUUAGCGAUGUCAAUGCUUACUUACAGAAUAGAAAGUCUAAUGCUGUGCAGUAUGAUAGAGUAAAAAGAAGAAAGUCAGAAACUGUCAGUGAAGAGGAGGGCUCUGAUGAUUUGAUAACACAGGCUCAAGACUCUGCUUCUGAACAUGAAGAAACUGAGGAGAAAGAAGAAGAUACAGAGGAACAAACAAUAGAACCACCCAAACUAGCUGUCAAAAUGUUUAAAUCAGUAGCCAAAUCAGGGUCAACUGAGGUCAUGGCACCAGAAAAAUCAGAGCUGAAGACCUUGAAAUCACCAGAAAGGAAAACCUUUAAAAAUAUAUUUCAAGAGAAACUAGUUGCAGAAAAGAGACAACAUAAACCAAAGGUUUUCCUGGAUGAUAUCAAGACAUCUCCAGUAACUAAGAACAAAGAGGAUAAAGCUUCAUCAAUAGUCCACUCUCCUCCUCAGAUUACCAAGCCAAUAGAAUGGUCAAUAGGGGAUUGUCUGUGGUCAAAAGUAUCUGGACAUCCAUGGUGGCCAUGUAUGGUAGCAUUGGAGAAACAGGGUGGUGAUUACACCAAAAUGCAAGGCAAGUUUAAUACGAAUUUACUCAUUUCCAUAGUAACAGUUAAUAAGAUCAGCUUCAACUGA